CCCGCAGCAGCUGGCGCCGCGUUCAGCCGCUCGCGCGCGCUCUGUCUCCAUGGCGACCCGCAGCGGGGCGGCGGCCGGGAGGCCCUACGAGCUGGUGGUGUUCGGGGCCUCGGGCUUCACGGGCCACUUCGUGGCGGAGGAGCUGGCGCGGGUGGCGGCCGGCGCUGAACUGCGGGGCUCGCUGCGCUGGGCCGUGGCCGGCAGGAGCCGGGACAAGCUGCAAGGGGCGUUGGACAGGGCGGCGGAGAGGCUGGGAAAGCCAGAGCUAAAGUCAGAAGUUGGCAUAAUACUCUGUGAUGUCAGUGACCCAUCCUCCCUUGCUGAUAUGGCUAAACAGGCAGCUGUUGUUCUCAACUGUGUGGGCCCAUACAGGUUUUUUGGAGAACCUGUAGUGAAAGCUUGUGUUGAGAAUGGCACAAGUUGCGUUGACAUCAGUGGAGAACCUCAGUUUCUGGAAGGAAUGUAUCUGAAAUACAAUGAUAAAGCUGCAGAAAAGGGGGUAUAUGUCGUUGGAAGCAGUGGCUUUGACUCUAUUCCAGCAGAUAUGGGAGUCUUAUACACCAGAGACAAUUUGAAAGGUACCCUAACUGCAGUUGAAAGUUUCCUGACUGUGAAAUCUGGACCUGAGGGUUACAGUAUCCAUGAUGGAACCUGGAAGUCAGCUAUUCAUGGCCUUGCAGAUCAAGACAAUUUGAGGAAGCUUCGGAAGCAGAUAGGACACAAACCUCUCCCAAUCAUUGGUGCAAAAUUAAAAAGAAGAGGACUAGUGUUUUACAGUCAGGAAUUCAAAGAGUACUCCAUUCCAUUCAUGGGAUCAGACGUGUCUGUUGUGAAACGAACUCAACGGUACUUGCACACAGAUUUGCAAGAAACACCUGUGCAGUAUGCAGCUUACGCAACGGUGGGUGGUAUUCCAUCUGUUAUUAAGCUGAUGUUUGCUGGCCUUUUAUUUUUUCUUCUUGUGAAGUUUAGCUUUGGAAGAAAUCUCCUGACAAAAUACCCAGAACUUUUCUCUUGUGGACGUUUUACAAAGAAAGGACCAACACAAAAGCAGAUAGAUGGAUCAUCCUUUACAAUGACAUUUUUUGGUGAGGGGUACUGUGAGGGCCAAGAUCCACAAGAGGGCAAACCAAAUGUAAAAAUCUGCACCCAAGUGAAAGGACCAGAUGCUGGCUAUGUUGCUACAGCAAUAGCAAUGGUUCAGGCAGGUGUAGCGCUGCUGAAGGAUGAAAGUUCUCUUCCUAAACAAGGUGGCGUAUAUACUCCAGGAGCUGCUUUCUCUAAAACAAAACUGAUUGAUCGGCUGAACAAACAUGGCAUUGAGUUCUCUGUUAUUAGCAAGUCAGAAGCCUGAAGCUUCAAAAUAAUGCCAAGGAAAACUAUAAUUGCACAAACUAAUGUACCAAGAGCUUCUUCAGAUGUAAAAACCUAAUAAAAAUAUUUACAAAUGA